UCACGGACGCGAUAAACGCCCCGCGCAUCCACUACUCAAGGUCAACGGCAAAGCCUCUUCAAAUCGUCUCGCGUGGGCGGGCGUUCCACCGACGAUGCCGUCGCCACCGACGAUGCCGUCGCCACCGACAUUGGCUCCUCCCUCCCCGCGUCCGGCGUGGAACACGAACUGCAACCUUGUGGUGACCCACCCUCUGCUAUCCGUCCUCGAGUCAUGCGCCUCCUUCCGCCGCCUCCUUCAGCUCCAGGCACUGCUCACCGUCUCCGGCCUCGCCUCCAACCGCUUCCCAGCCUCCCGCCUUCUUGCCUUCUGCGCGCUUUCCGACCCGCCGCGCCUCGCCCACGCUGCCGCCGUCCUCGCUCAAUGCACAGAGGGGCCCAAUGCAUACAUGCUCGCCACCAUGAUGCGCGGCUUCCUCCGCGCCGGAAAGCCAACCCACGCACUCACCCUCUUCCGCCGAGUGCUCCGCGAUCGCCUCGCCGUCGACGCGCGCACCAUCGUCUUCGCAGUUAAAGCCGCCGCCACUUCCUCCUCCCCUACGGAGGCCAUCCAUUGCGUUGCCUUCAAGCGAGGAUUUAUUGGGCAGAGCGUGCUCGCGGGGAACGCGCUGGUGCACAUGUACACUAGCAGCAUGUUAUUACCCGACGCGCGGAAGCUGUUCGACGAAAUGGCUGACAGGGACGUGGUCUCGUGGACAACGCUGAUUGACGGAUACGCGCGAGGUGGCUUGCCCGAUGAGGCCUGGCGAGUAUUCUGCCGGAUGGUGGUUGCUGAGAGUGUGUGGCCGAACGAGGUUACUCUGGUCGCAGCAGCCUCGGCAGCUGGGCAAAUGGGGCUACUUGGGUUGGGGAGGACAGUGCAUCAGUGUAUCGUGGAGAGUGGUGGACGCAUGAGCGUUAACUUGGAGAAUGCGCUCGUCGAUAUGUUUGGAAAGUGUGGGUGUGUGGCCGCAGCGAAGGAAGUUUUUGAUGGGAUGCCCAUCAAGGAUGUAUACUCUUGGACGAGCAUGGUCAGUGCUUAUGCCAAGUGUGGUGAUUUGGAGAAUGCAGCGAAGCUUUUCAAGGAAAUUCCUAAUAGGAAUGUGGUUUCUUGGAGUUGCAUGGUCGCAGCUUAUUCACAUGCAAAUAUGCCAGAUGAAGCCAUUAGGAUAUUCAAUGACAUGAUUGCAGCAGGUGUGGAGCCGAUUGAUGCUACACUUGUGAGUGUUCUGUCAGCAUGCGCUCAGCUGUGUUCUUUGGAUGUUGGUACAUGGUUAUAUGACACUUACAUUGUCAGUCAUAAGGUUGAGCUUACACCGAAUCUAAGCAAUGCAUUCAUUGAUAUGUUUGCAAAAUGUGGAGAUGUCGGUGCAGCAUCAAGGUUAUUUAGCAAUAUGGAGGACAAGAAUGUAGUAAGUUGGAACACAAUGAUCAUGGCACAUGGUUUGCAUGGUCAGCCUGAAGAAGCCCUUCAUCUCUUUCAAGAAUUCAAAGGAAACGGUAUUUUGCCUGAUGAGGCCACAUAUAUUGGGGUACUUUCUGCGUGCAGUCAUGGUGGUUUAGUAUCAGAAGGACGGUGCCAUUUCAAAGAGAUGAAGAUAGUUUAUGGGAUUGAACCCAGGGCCGAACAUUAUGCAUGCAUGAUUGACCUUUUGGGUAAAGUUGGGCUUCUUCAAGAGGCGUUUGAAGUUGCAAGGAGUAUGCCAGUAGGAGCUGACGAGGCUGGUUGGGGUGCUCUUUUAAAUGCUUGCAGAAUGCAUGGUAAUGUAGAGAUUGGCAAAUGUGCAGCGGAUAAGCUAGCAGGGCUGGAUCCUUCAGACAGUGGAAUCUAUGUACUUAUGAGUCAAAUAUAUGCAAGUAAAAGUAAAUGGGGCCAGGUAAAGAUGCUGAGAACAGUGAUGAGAGAUAGAAGAGUAAAGAAGAAUCCUGGAUGUAGUUCUAUCGAAGUUGAUGGGAAAUGUCAUGAGUUUUUGGUGGCAGAUGUUUCGCAUGUUCACUCAGAAGAUAUAUAUGCUGCACUGGGGAAUAUUUACCUUCAUUCAAAGGCAGAAGAAUGAAGUACUACAAUGCGUGUCUGUUCCACAAGGUGGAGAAGGAUUUCUUGGCACAAAUCCAACUGGAACUGGCACCGAUGGUGAUUCCGUAUACAAAUUUCUCUAUGGUGAUCAAGCUCGAUUUUUUGAUGAUGAGAUCCGACCAGAGUUGAGGCAUUCUAAAACUGGAACUGUUGCUAUGGCCAGUGCUGGUGAAAACUGCAAUGCCUCGCAGUUCUACAUUACCUUGCGGGAUGACAUGGAUUACCUUGAUAAACACACUGUGUUUGGGAUGGUUGCCAAAGGUUUUGAUAUGCUGACAAAAAUAAAUGAAGCUUAUGUUGAUGAUAAAGGAAGACCAUUCAAGGACAUAAGGUGGAGUGUUGAUUAAUGCCUUAGUUGCACCAUUAAACAUGAAUCUCUUGGAAUUAUUUGGCAAAGCUUCAGGGCUCCAUUAUAAUAAUGAGCAGAAAUCCAAUGUUUACCCGAUUCAGUGCUCCGAGGAUGAUCCGAUGGUGGUUCAUAACUUGUUACCUUGAGAGAUCUGAUUUCCCUUGCAGAUAUCUAGGAAUUCCUCUCUCCCUACGCAAAUUAACUAAAGAACAGCUUCAGCCUAUCAUAGAUAGGAUUGUUGAUCGCCUACCAAGCUGGAAAGCAGACCUUGUAACAAAGGCGGUAGAAAAGUUAUGGUGCAAUGCAACAUGUGCUCACAAGCAUGAUUGUCUACUUAGCAAUGACCAUUGAUCUUCCUUCUUGGGCUCUAGAUGCUAUUGACAAGAUCAGAAGGGGAUUUCUGUGGAGAGGUCGCAAAGAUGCCAAGGGAGAACAUUGUUUGAUAGCCUGGGGAAGAGUGUGUCGGCCUCUACAAUUAGGAGGUCUUGGAAUAUCUAGCUUAAAGGAAUUGUAUUGAGCCCUUCGCAUGAGAUGACUUUGCUUGCAUAAAUCUGAUCCAGGACGUACUUGGGCAAAUCUUCCUAUCCAAGUUCCAAAAAAGGCAAAGGCUUUCUUUCCACUGUUUUGAUUUCAGAAGUGGAGAAUGGAGCCCACACUCUGUUGAUCUGUUCUAGACAGACAAGUGGAUCUUGGGUCAAAGAGUAAGUGAUCUGGCUCCUAGGUUGUUUGCAAUUAUACCAAAAGAAUUGCAAAUAAUAUAACUGUUUCAGAGGCUUUAACCAACAGAAAAUGGAUCUCUGACAUCAGAGGGGCUCUUUCAGUUGGAGCCAUAGUGGACUACUUGCAGUUGUGGGAUUUGCUAUCAGAAGUGGUGUUACAACCUGAAGUAGAGGAUAAUCAUAUAUUCAGUUUAGCUAGAGAUGGCAAAUACUCGGCCAAAACAACAAUUGAAGGUUUCUUUGCAGGCUCAACAGUUUUUGGUUAUUAUCCUUUGGUAUGGGAAACUUGGGCCCCUAAAAGUGUCGUUUCUUCCUUUGGUUGGUUGCCCACAGGAGAUGUUGGACUGUGGACAGACUUGCCAAGAGAGGGAUGGAUCACCCGACGAUAUGCCUCUUAUGUGACCAGGAAGAAGAAACCUUGAACCAUCUCCUUGUCUCUUGUGUGUUUACAAGAGGGUUUUGGUUUCAUCUUCUGAGACCUUUUGGAUUAGAAAGCCUGGCUCCUCAGCCAGAGCUGUUUUCCUUCAUGAACUGGUAGGAGCAAAUCAUAGGAGUCAUGGCUGGCUUGCCCAGAAAAGGCCUCAACUCCUUAAUUGCCUUUGAGCCUGGACAAUUUGGAAACUUCGAAAUAGAUGUGUAUUCGAGGGCUAGACUCCAGGUUUGGCCUUAUCUAUAUGGCUAGCAGGGGAGGAGAGAUUGUUUUGGGAAGCGACAGGGGCUAAGGGGCUUUCCUACCUUGCUGCCCUCCUUCCUGAGGUCUAGCAUCUUUUGAGUGAUUGUGUGUGUGUGAGUGUGUCUGAUGGAUUGUUUUAGUUAUUUGUGUUUUUGGCCUCCGUAAGUAGACAUUUGUAUUUGGCCUUUUUAGGCCUCUUUUUCCGUUGUUCUUAAUAUAACGAGGCACAUUUCUCCUACGUUUUCGAGAAAAAAAAUACACCAUUAAACGGAUGUUUCACUUUA